UUGGGACGAGGGCGGCUGAGGAGAGGGACGCGCUGUCGCGAUAUCGCGACAUCGGAGGCGCCGUCGCGACAGCGGCGCGGGGAUCUCCGGACGGCGGCGACGGAUAUCGCGACAGGGGCGGCGAUGUCGCGACAGAGCGGCGGAACGGGGGCGGCACCGCGCGCCUUCCUCGUGCUGCUGGGCGCCGUUCUGAGCGCUGCAGCCCCCCUGGACGUGCUGCGGGCUCUGGGUGCUCACGAGCGCCCCCUGGGGGUGACGGCGACCCCCGGCGUUUGCCCCCAUAGCGGCAGCGCUUUCAGCAUCGCCCCCAACGCCAGGCUCAGCGCCCCCACCAGGCAGAUCCUGAACGGGCCGCUCCAUUCAGGCUUUGCCCUCUCGGUUCUGCUCCGUUUGGAUCCCGGCUCUUCGGUUCCGCUGCUUUGGGUUCAGGACGGCGCCGUGGGGCGGCACUUUGGGGUCCGGCUGGGCCCCACAUGGCUCAGCCUGUCCUAUGGGGUCAGCGAUGAUGAUGACGAUGGGGCCGGCCGCCCCACAGCUCAGCACCGCCUGCACUUCAGCAACGUCCGCAUCGCCGAUGGACGGUGGCACUCGCUGGUGCUGGCCCUGCGUGGCUCUGCGCUCUCCCUACACCUGGACUGCCGCCCUAUGGGGUCGCGCCCCAUUGCGACCCCAAAUCUCCUCCUCCUCCUCUUCGGCCGCCCCCAUCCCAAGGGGGUCAUCGGGAUCGGGAAACCCCAAGGGGGUGGAUUUAGGGGCGCAGUUCAGGAGCUGCUGCUGUGGUCGGACCCCCGCGCCGCUAUGGGGCGCUGUUCUGUCUCCCGGCAGCGCUGCGCCCCCGAGCGGCCGCAGAGCGACAUGGCAGCGGGUGCGGCACGGGGCGGUGGUGCGAGGCCUGAAGGGCGACAAAGGAGAAGCGGCCGCCAUUGAACCCGGCAUGUUGGUGGAAGGCCCCCCUGGCCCCGAAGGCCCGGCGGUGA